GAGAAAAAGCGUCCAGUUUACGGAAGCCUUGCUUGCUGAUAGAAGUGUCCAACAAAUCAUGAGUUUCCACUACGGUCAGCAGGGGUAUCCAGGAGGAGGCGCCCCACCAGCACGUAAUCCAUACGCUGGAGGUGGGAGUUUUUAUGGUUCUCCCCAAACAGCACCGUACGGAGGUGGUGCAGGUUCAGCAGGAAGUCCCUAUGGUGGUUAUGGAGCCCCAGGUCACGGUGGGCAGUAUGGGCCUGGACCCAGUGGUGCACAUGGAGGUUACGGGGGACAACCUUACAGAGGACCCCACGCUCCUGCAGGUAACAUCCCUCCCGGUGUUAACCCGGAGGCGUACCAGUGGUUCCAGACAGUCGACACGGACCAGAGCGGCUUCAUCAACGUAAAGGAGCUGAAACAGGCUCUGAUCAACUCCAACUGGUCCGCCUUUAAUGACGAGACGAGCCUCAUGAUGAUCAACAUGUUUGACAAGACGCGGUCCGGUCGGAUAGACCUGUUCGGGUUCUCGGCUCUGUGGGACUACAUGCAGCAGUGGAGAGGCUUGUUCCAGCACUAUGACAGGGACCGGUCCGGGUCCAUCAGCGGCCCUGAGCUCAGCCAAGCCUUAGCCCAGAUGGGCUACAACCUCAGCCCCCAGUUUUCUGAGGCCCUGGUGCAGCGUUUCGGCAUGAGGGGCCAAGGCCUGCAGCUGGACCGCUUCAUCCAGGUGUGCACCCAGCUCCAGAGCAUGACACAGUUGUUCAGGGAAAAGGACACCACCAGGAUGGGCAGCGUCCGCCUCAGCUAUGAAGACUUCCUCUCUGGUGCCAUCACGAGGCUGAUGUGAGGGUACACACUGUUACCUCACGUUCAGCUCAAAGUCUGCUCAGAUUAUACCUGAUUAGUGCCCCCACAGACCAAAAUGUACGGCAGCAUCCUGUGAACAUUCCUGUGUUGGUUUAAACACCUGCUAAUCUAAUCAGAUUUAAUCUAUUUAUCACCAAACUGCUUUUUGAAGCAAGUUUUAUUCAAGAGUUACACAAGAACCUACAUUUUGUUUUCUAUUUCCAGAUUGCUAAAAAGUAGUGGGAACAUUUUAGUUAUGCCAAAAUGAUGGAUGUUUUGUUGUUGUUGUUUUGUUUUCCUAAUUGCACUUUUUUAAAGUUGCAUUAAGAAAAAGUCAAACGUCUGAAAGACUAAAGAGAUAAAUCUGUGACUCAUUAUGUUUUCUACUUAAAGUACAAAUAAAUGGGAUCCUCAGUUGUUGUUGUUUUAUUCUGGCCAGGACUUAAUAGUUUUGUGAUUAAUGCUUAAAACAAUCCACUUAAAUGUUUAUAUUCCAUUUUUUUUAUUAAUUAUGUCAACAGAUUUGUAAUGCAUUAAAUACAUGUUAUCAUUUUGUA